CAUAACUAUCGUGUCGUGCCUUGAUUUUGGAGCGUUCAUCCCAAGUCCUACAAGUGUCGAGAGGAAGUUUGGCGAGACGGCCGAAGAAAAUUAUGAAUCGCUACAGCCGUUGUUCAAUGAGAUGGUUAAAUUUCCCAAUAUAGCAAGUCUACAAAUUAUAGGUGCUCAAUGCAAAGAGCCAUGGAACGAUCAAAUUCCCAAUGAUUCCUUUUGCAAAUUGGAAUUUCUUUGUGCGGAGCACUGUUACAAUCUCCAACGUGUUGCCCCAUCCCAUAUAUGGAAGAGACUGCAGCGCCGUCUAGAGAUCCUACAAGUGAAAUCAUGCCCUUCGGUCAAGAUCAUAUACGAAGGUGAUGAGAUGGCUACAAAGAGAGGUAAAUUAAGGAGGCUGGUUUUGCGGGAUCUCCAAAACUUGAGUCACAUUUGUCAGUCCGAUGGUCUCCCCAACGUCCCGCUCCCAAACUUGAGAUUCAUGGAGGUUCAGAGUUGCCCACACUUGAAAAUGUUGUUCCCAACCUUCAUGCGGAAAUUUCUCGAGCAAAUCCAAGAGCUGGUGGUGGAGUCAUGUGAAGAUAUGGAACUAGUUGCUACCCAUGAAGAAUGUGAAGAAGUGACCAGUACGGCAAUCAGCUUCACCGGUGACGCAGCACUUAGCGCGUAA